AUGUCUCACCCACAAAACGCUCCCACCAAAUCCCCACCUUCACCACAAUCGCUCGUCGCGGCCGAGCGAAUGACGGUCAACACCAACUACAACCAAGAUCGUGCGCGUACGAUGCUGUUGCUGCCGAACACGACGCCUGGCUGGCCGCAAGCCUGGAUGGAGCUGUGCGGGCUGGACAGAACGCAGCCUGUCUUCGAGAGGCAGGCGCGACAAGUGAACGAACUGCACCGCGAGUGGAAUGAAAGGGGGAAAUGGCAGGCGGGCACGACAUCGGGCGAGGCUCACGACGAUUGCAACGCGGUUCAACAAGUACGGGUCCCGAAGAGCGAGGAGCAGAAUGAUACGGAGAGCCAAGUGAGAGCGAGGCCACAGGGGCAGGUUGAGUUCGAGGGGCAUGGGAAGGGUGAGAGGGUGGGGACAGAGCAGGUGAAUUUGGUGGGAAAAGACAAUCAGGCGAAUAUGGUGGAGAAAGACGACGAAUUUGCUCUCCUGAAGGGAUGCUGCGAACGCUGUGAUGGUUUUUGGGAUAUGUGA